CAGAAUUCACUUAACCCUACCUUUGUUUUAUCUUGAACACGUAGGGAGUCUUAGAUAAAAUAACAAUAUAAUUUUACUUUUAGAAAAUAUAGGGAAAUUCUGAAUUACCAAAAAUGUCUAAACGUUUUCAGCCUCCAUGGAGCCCUCCACAACACACCAAUGCUCCUGUAUUAAAAUUGUACAAUAGUUUAACUCGCCAAAAAGAGGUUUUUGUUCCCUUGGAUGGGAAAAAAGUUACAUGGUAUAGUUGUGGGCCUACUGUAUAUGAUGCAUCUCAUAUGGGACAUGCUAGGUCAUACAUAACCUUCGACAUAUUACGAAGAGUGCUAACAGAUUAUUUUGGAUAUGAUGUGUUUUAUGUGAUGAAUAUCACAGAUAUAGAUGAUAAAAUAAUCAAAAGAGCUAGGCAGAAUUAUUUAUUCGAUAAAUAUGUUUCUGAAAAUCAUGCUUUAGAAGUUAUACUUUCAGAUUCUAAGAACAUUUUAGAAAAUUUGAAUUCAAAAACAAACUCUACCAACGAUCCAGACAAGAAGCAGAUGUAUGAAAAGUUGUUAACUAGGUUAACAACUGCAGUUCAAAAUUUAGAAGAUUCUAUUAAAAGUGGGGAUAACGCUCGAGUGGAAAAGGCACAAAAAGAAUUCAUAGCUGCUUCAAAAGACCCAUUGUCUGACUGGUUAGAUACAAAACUUGGUCAUACAAUAACAGAUAAUGCUAUUUUCAGUAGUUUACCUAGGCAUUGGGAAGAGGAAUUCCAUAAGGAUAUGGAUACCUUGAAUAUCUUGAAGCCUGAUGUACUCACAAGGGUGAGCGAAUAUAUUCCCGAAAUUAUUUCAUAUAUAGAAAAAAUUAUCAAAAAUGGAAUGGCAUAUGCAGCAAAUGGAUCCGUUUAUUUUGAUGUAGCCAAUUUUGAUAAGCAAGAAAAACACCAUUAUGCCAAGUUGGUGCCUGAAGCCUAUGGUGACACCAAUAGCUUGCAAGAAGGAGAAGGUGAUCUUACAUCUAGUGAGGCUCAGAAUGAAAAACACUCAGCCAAUGACUUCGCAUUAUGGAAAAAAAGCAAAGCUGGAGAACCAUCUUGGGAUUCACCUUGGGGUAAAGGAAGACCUGGAUGGCAUAUAGAAUGUUCCGCUAUGGCAUCUGCAAUAUUCGGUUCUACACUAGAUAUUCACACUGGUGGAAUCGAUUUGAAGUUCCCCCAUCAUGACAAUGAAAUAGCACAGAGUGAGGCUCAUUUUGGAGAAUCAGAAUGGGUGAAAUACUUCCUACAUUCCGGACAUUUGACUAUAGCUGGAUGUAAAAUGUCGAAAUCCCUAAAGAACUUCGUCAGUAUUCAAGAUGCCCUUGCAAAGUACUCGGCAAGACAGUUGAGAUUCGCAUUUCUUCUACAUUCUUGGAAAGAUACCUUAGAUUACAGCCAAAACACUAUGGAAUCAGCUCUUCAAAUAGAAAAAUUGAUCAAUGAAUUCUUCCUUAACGUCAAAAAUGAAAUAAGGAAUACUAAUAAGUCUGAAAGUUUUGUUGAGAGCUUCACAAAAUGGGAAGAGCAGGAAAUCAAACUUAUGGAAGUGUUAUUGAAAUCAAAAGAAGAUGUCCAUAUGGCUCUCUGUGAUAAUAUUGAUACUAGGUCGUCAUUAGAUAUAUUGAGAGAGUUGGUAUUAGCUAGUAACGUGUACUUGAGAGAUAGAAAACCACCAAACUGCAACUUACUAAGUGAUAUUGCAUUAUAUGUAACUAGAAUUCUAACAGUUUUCGGAGUAAUAAGUGAUCCACCUAAAUUGGGAUUCCCGAUAUCGAAUAAUGUGACCUCUGAUUUUGAAUCUGUGGUAAUGCCCUACUUAACAAUCUUAUCAGAAUUCAGAGAAAAGGUCAGGACGCAAGCAAGAACUAUCAAAGCAAAUGAGAUUCUCAAACUUUGUGACGAGCUCAGAGAUGAUACUCUUCCAAAUGUGGGUGUUCGAUUAGAAGAUAAAGAAGGGGAAGCGACAGCUGUGAAAUUAGUAGACAAAGAAAUACUGAUGAAAGAAAAAGAAGCCAAGAAACAGGCCGAAUUAGAGAAACAGAAGAAAAAAGAAGAACGCCAAGCUGCUCUUCUAGCAGCUCAGGCCGAGAAAGAAGCCUUGAUGAAAAUACCGCCAAAUGAGUUGUUCAAAAAAGAAACUGACAAAUAUUCAAAAUUUGACGAUAAGGGAUUGCCUACACAUGAUGUUGAAGGAAAAGAAAUUAGCAAGGGUCAAUUGAAAAAACUUCAAAAGUUGCAGCAACAACAGGAAAAACGGUAUCAGGAAUAUUUAUCAUCCAAUGCAAAGUCUGCGAGCUAGGGCAAAAAAUCAUCAUAGGGAAUUAUCCAGAAAUAUCUAAAUUUGGAAAUAAUUUAUAUUUGAUACUUGAUCGAUGAAUCCUAGGUAAAUACUUUUUGAAAAUAUGAAGUAGAAAUUUAUUAAAUUUAAGUAGUGACAAUUUUACUUAAAUUUUGCUUUUAUUUAAAUUUUUAAAUUCAUGUAACAAUUGCUUGAAAUUUUCACUUUUCUAUAAUUAUUUCCUUUAUUUUUGCAGUCAACUUUUUAUUCUUUGAAUAUUCAUAUUUAUAAAUCAAAACCUGCUUAUAUCAAUUGUUUGUUUUAAUUUAUUAAAAUGAUACGU